UGUGUACGUGUUGUGUGUGUGUGUGUGUGAGAACGUGAGACAUGUUCUCUAGUAAGACGGGUGAGACACGACGGGACGACGGAUUCGAUCUCCAGUGCCGAAGCAACGAAUUGCAGAUUGCAGAAGUCAGUCACCCAGGUUACCCAAAUAGUUGUGAAGUGACGUUUUUUUUUAAAAUGGGAAUUCUAUGAGCACAAUCACAGCGUAUACUGGGGCUUCUUUAGUAACUUGCUAAGUGAGAAUCGUCCGCUGAGUGGGAAGGUCCGAUAAAUAAUCAAAAUGAUGCACCACAAACUUUGCUCUAAAUUAUGCAGACUGUGUGGCAAGGAAAAACAAAGAGGAACCGAUGUUUUCAAAGAUAAAGUUAAAGGAGCUGUGUUGUGCUCGAUUAUUAACAAAUACUUUUCGAAAGAGGUCAUCAAUAUAGGAAUUGGUGAUACUUUUACAAAGUAUGUAUGCAUGGAUUGCGAACAAAAAAUUUGUACGUUUGACGAAUUUUGUCUCAUGGUCGCAAAUGUUCAGAAACAAUUGGCUGCACCGUCGUUGGAAAUUGAUUUUGCUGAGGACAUGCUUUGCCACUUGAAAGAAAACGAAAUCUCAGACAGAAGUGUUGGAGGUCUGAAUUCGCGAUCAAAGAAGCAGCACACUUGUGAACUGUGCGCAAAACGUUUUAGAUGCCAAGCGCAUCUGGAACGUCAUAAACGCGUUCAUACGGGACAGCGUCCUUUUACUUGUAACAUUUGUACAAUGUCAUUCAACCAACAAGAAGUUUUGGACAAGCACAAAGGAAGUCACCAAGGAAGAAAGGAAUUUCGUUGUGCGAACUGCCAUCAAUCAUUUCGUUUCAAAGUCUCUUUGAAGUCUCAUAUGAUAAAUUUUCACAUGGAUUUAGAAAAUUCGACGUUGAACGAUAUCGAUCGAUCUCUAAGUUGUAACGAAUGUGGUAAAUUUUUUGCCACGAGAUACAAACUUCAGAGGCACUCGAGAUGUCACACCGGUGAGAGACCGUAUAUUUGCAAUUACUGCAACCGCUCGUUCUCCCAAACUGGAAAUCUCAAGCUGCACGAGGCCAAGUGUCAGCAGAGUCUCGUGAUGUCUUGUCAAAUGCAAAGGGUCGAAGACACUUCGUGCGGUCAAACGAAUAUCCAGACUGAUCGGUCAACCUCACAACUCAAUAAUCCAAAUCUCGAUUAUUCGGAAACCGAAGACGCCUUGAAUUCCGCUCCGUCUUGCUCCGUUGUUCCAUCCGCUUCCGUCGUUCUAGAAACACAGUCAAAUCCACUAAUACAUUUUCAACCGAUGUACAUUACUGAAAGCGAGAUACAAAAAACUAUCAACGAAACGAUCAACUCCACAAACGUCGAUAACGCCUCCAAUUCUUAUCUCAUUAAAUCUUACGAAAAUCCAAUUUACAUUGACAACGAGAUUGAAAAUAUUCUUGAGCGCGAUCUCACCAAUCUCGAGACCAGCAAAUUCACUUCAAGCAACGUCCAAGACAAAUUGUCUCUGUGUCUUAAACAACCGGAAACUCCAGAAUUGUUACACAGUCUCCUUUAUGACGAUUGAAUUUUCAUGAAUUUCGUCGUAAUCAAUGAAAAGUGACUUUUUUCUAUUUAUUUCUAUUUCUGCUCUAGUUCCAAAGGCGACGUUAGAAAUUUUUCAUUAUAACAAGUAAACGUGACCUUUAGCAUACUAUGUAAUUGUAUUUACGAUAGCUGUGAUCACUAGAAAGUAUUAAAUCUCAAUAUUUAUAA